AUGCGGUACUCACGCCUUCGUUUACGUUUUUCGAUACUGUUCAGUUUGACAACAUUGAUUCUUUUCUUUCUUCUGGCACUUCAUACAUUACUAUGGUCAACAGCUGAACUUGAACCACCGGAACAAGCUUUGAUACGUCAUAAGCCACCUUCUGAUAUGCCAUUUUGGUCUGCUUUCCAUCAGCCAAAUGUUUAUGAUUUGCAAGCAACUGAUUCAAACAAGUUAACAAAUCGUUCAUCGUCUAUAACUCGUCAACGUAUUAAUGAACUAUUUGAAUUAGUACGUAAUGCUCGAAACAAUCAAGUAGGCUCGUCGAAUUUGAAAAAAGAUUCUGAUCAUAAUAGAAAAUGGAGUUUUGGAAAAUUUGCUGGACAAAAACCACAAACCGGUUCAAAUGAUACAAAUACACAUACUGAUACGGCAGAUUCAGUUGGUGUACAAGGAGCAAAGUCAAAUAUUCAAUCGAAAUUUACAGCGACAGAAAAAGUCACGAGUGAACAUGAUAAAAUACAAUUACGAUAUUUUAUACUUGAUGCAUUAUUGAAAUGGAAAAAACAACAUAUGAACGAUACGACUAUAAGUUUAGGUGAUGUUAUGCAUGAUUCAUUGGCACAAGAUGAACCUGAACGAUUGAAUACAACAUGGUUUCAAUACAUAAAAACAAUCACGAAUUUUCGUGUCUAUGAUCCGAAUAGUUCUGAAUUGAAAAAUGUUUUCAAACACUUGCAACAUGGUGCAAUAUCUGAAGCAAAUGAAAUGUCACAAGGUACUCAGAUUAAAAUUCUUCUUGGACUACCAAAUGGCCUUCAAGGAUUACUAAAACCUUAUAGAGUGCCGCGCAAUUAUCAAACACAACCGGAUCAUUUCUAUUUCAGUGACAUUGAACGGCAUCAUGCUGAGAUAGCAGCAUUUCAUGUAGACAAAGUUCUUGGUUUUAAUCGUGUUCCUCCAUUGAUCGGACGAUUUUUUAAUAUAACUAGUGACAUCCGCGAGAAAGCCACUGCGGAAUUAGCUAAAACAUUUUUUAUUUCGCCCGCUAAUAAUACUUGCUUUCGUGGCCAUUGUUCGUAUUAUUGUGAUACAUCGCAUGCUGUUUGUGGUAAGCCAGGUGAUUUUUUAGAAGGCUCUGUUCAAGUCCUCCUACCGAGACCACCAGAAAUUAAUUGGCAAAAAAUUACUCAUCCAUACCGUCGAUCGUAUAGCGCAAUAAAACAAGUUGAAUGGGAAUCGAAUGAAAACUUCUGUUACGAACAUGUCAUGAUAGAUGAGGAUUAUCACAAUCGUUUACUACUUGAUAUGAUGGAUUUAUCUGCAUUCGACUUUCUUAUAGGCAAUUUGGAUCGUCAUCAUAUGAUGCGUAUUAAUUCGCUAGGCACUAAUACAGGUUUAGUACAUUUGGAUAAUGGUCGAAGUUUUGGUCGAUAUGAUAGUGACGAUUUAUCAAUUUUAACGCCAAUUCGGCAAUGUUGCUUUUUUCGUUAUGCAACAUUUAUGCGUUUAUAUAAGAUUUAUCAUCAAGGUUUUUCCAAAUUAGUUGCAGAUUCGUUAAAUGCAGGUGAAGAUUUACAAACGAUUCUUGUUGAAGAACAUCUCGAAGCGCUUGAUCGACGAUUAGAAAUCCUAUUUGCACAUCUCGAUACCUGUAUGAAAAAGUACGAAGUGACUGGAGUUAUGAUCAAUGAUGGUAUUUAUUGA